AUGAGUGACGGCCUCUUGCCGACCUCCUUCGUCCGGCUGAUGUACCAUAAUCAGGAGCUAGCUGAAUUCGGCUGCCUCUCGCAUGAUGAGCACUACCUUUCAUUUCGAGUCGGCAAGCCCACAUUGAAAUGCAUGAACUCGAACGACGAGGGCCGUCGGCUCUAUGUCAGACUUUGUUGGACGGCAAGAGACCAGUAUCUGUUCCCAGCCUCGGCUGCAUCAUCUGUUUGCGAGCGGAUCCCCAUCGGUCUGGUUUUCCAAACUCCCAGGUUUGGCAACAAGACCUCGCUUAGGACUGCGAAGCAGAAAAGCAGAGAAGACGUCGUCGAUACCCACGGGAUCGCUCAUUGGUCAGUCGAGCAUCUUCACACGGGAAGAGCACGACGAAUGAAUUCGGGAUCGGAAACGGAAGCAGAAACUCGCACCAACCAGACGCAAGAAUGGAGAGAUCCGCUAGCCAUCAACUCGCUGCGAGAAGAACGCCACGAAGACAAAUGGGCAUCAAAGAGCAAAGGACAAUCAAGUCUCAAGUACAGUAUGGACCCUCGUCACCGAAUCACAUGCCACGCGCCGGCAAUCGUCAGGGUCCAACUGUGCGCCACAACGGGAUACCGUGACCGGUGCGCCACAACGGGAAACAGUGACCGAUAG